UCGCUGAAAACAGCUGCCACUUGCCCCCAGAUCCCGGACCGUGCGAAGCUUUCAUGCCUUCUUGGUUCUUCAACAAUACUGCCCGAUCGUGUGCUGUGUUUAUUUAUGGAGGAUGCAAUGGGAACAAAAACAGGUUUCCCAGUUACUAUGAUUGUCAAGACAGUUGUAAUGGUAAGUUGUAUCGGUAGUUAAAAGAGACUAUACUGAUCAUUACACUUACCUUGCAGGAGAGGAUAAAGAACAGUGAAAAGGGUUUGGGCUCUUGAUCCAGUGAAGACCCGUGGCAAGUCCAGAGACAACCAAGGAAGCUGCAUCUGUAAAAUGUUGAUGUUUUUCCUUUUUGCGUUGUGAAACGUAUAUGGUAAAACGACAACACAUAGACUGUUUACGGCCCUACAGUGUAGUAUAGACUUUUAGACAAAAUGUCUUGCCAGGUAUGAGGUUAAGACAUGUUUUGGAGUUGGCAAUUUAGUAAAAUCGUUAUUAUUGUAAGGAUCAAAACUGCUAUCGACCCUCAUAAAUAAACUACACGAACUCUCAAAAGGCAUUAUACUUCCUUCCUGUUGUAGCAAUACGUUUCAGAACUUCAUUUAACACCGGCUGAUUAGUUCAAUUCGUUGGGUACCAGACUCCAGCCUCCUCUCUUGGUAUGCAUGAUUCUUAGCUGGACCCGGCUACUCUCACGGUAUAUAUUAAAAUAACUGAUGGGAAGGUCCUGACUUUGUUUCACGUCUGCAAGGGAUUAGACCGUCUAUCUUUUUCGGAAAAAUGAAGACAAAUCGUAGACCCCAAGGGAAGUGACAAAUCUGUCACAGUGACCAUCGCCUUGUGUGCUGUUCUUGGUCUUGGAAAUCUGUGCGUGAGCAGUAAUAAAUGACAGGCUAUAUGUGUCUUGUUAUCAUUUACAUUUUCCACGCAUAAAGCAGAGCAAUUUUUGUUUUACACCUACAAGCAAUAAAUAUUCGACACUAGUGUCACUUUUGCCGAUUUACGUUAUCAUUUUUCAGGGCGAAAUUUGACUUUCUGUGAGUUACAGCGAGAAAUAAACAGUGCGCGCUUGGACGAUUUUAUCCCUCGUUGUGCAGGAGACGGUGAGUUUGAAGUUGUUCAGUGCCACAGUAUAUCUGGGGAGUGCUGGUGCGUGGAUAAAGCUGGCCUCGAGAUUCCCGGUACCAAAACACUGGGUACACCCAAAUGUGAUGAAUCUCAAGGUAGGCAUAAAUUCUUGAUCGUUAUGUUUACCUCGUUAGGUCAUGUAACGUUCACCGUUGGUGAAGCUUGCCUUGUUUUUGGGAGUUUUUACCUUGAUCCACUUACUUCUGGCGUAUCGAGAAAUGGGCUUACUGUUAAAACAAAGUAUUUAUACUUGAACGUCAUCGGUGCAUCGUUGUAAUUGAACUGUUCCAUCCUUUUGGAAAAAUGCAAUAGGUCUCAUCCAUUGUUCAUCGCAGCCGCUAAAUCCUUCGUGUCAUCCUUACCUGUUGCAAUGUUCUCAGUGAUUCUUCGAGAAACUAAAUUUGCGUAGCAAACAUUUUACCGGGAAUUUGAUUAUUUUUAUUUCAACAGAGAAUUUAGGUAGAAGAACAAGAUGAACGCAUGUGUCAAGCAGUUUACUCAAUACAAAGCAAUGCUGCCGUGACCAACGCUAUGUAGGAAAAUUUUGCUUUUGUCAAAUACGUUAGUUUGCGUCACAUGGUUCUUUAGAGAGUGAUGGAUGCAAAAGUAACAGGACAUCAUAAGCGAGCGUAGUAAAGUUUACCUUAUCUUGUAUUUAUGCUCUUUUUAAAAAUAGAUGGAGAUUCUACUUCCUUGUGUUCUUAAAUAGCAACUUGCGAAUAUUUUUUUAAUGCUUAAUUCCUCUCUCUCCCUUAUUUUUUUCCAACAUUCAAUACUGUAAGCAUGACUUAUUGUCUCUGUCCCACGUUUUCUUGAUGAAUGUGCCUUAAGAAUCCUUGCAGUUUAACUUUUUCCGCUGGUGUAUUAGUCCCGUAUAGGCUUAAUUUUGUCGCCAUUUGUCGUUUUAAAAACAACAACCACUACAACAACAAAAACAACUGAAAAACAAAAACAACGACAACAGCAACAACAACAACAACAAACAAAGAAGUAAACAAAAAAAUCUUGUUUAGUUAACGACGUGGAUAUUGUUAGCACCCCAUAUCUUAUCGGCUGGUCUGAAAGGAGAUCAAAGGAAGGAAUGUUCUCAUUUUUGUAAUGUAGAGCUAUGUUAUUAUUUAUUUUAUGUUGUCUCGGUAUUUUUAGUUUUUCACUUUCACCUAGAUUCACAUAAUGUAUAAAUGUGCCAAACGAAAGGUUCGGUUACUAAAGCAGGAGCACUUCAUCAGAUAGUCUUUUUGCGUUCUUGCGUAGCUGUCGGUUUCGUCGGAACACGAUGAAGUAGAACUUACGGCGGAGCAACGAGAACGAGAACCAAAACCGGUCUUCUCACAUUUCUUCAUCACGUUUAAAAAACACAGUAGCUAAGCAGGCUACAUGUAACGAGCGCAAUACCAGGAAAAUUUAUUGAAUUUGCCACGAGAGGGUCCUAUUAUGAGACCAUGAAUGGUCGUGCAUAAGGUAUAAACUUUUAUGUUCCAAAACAAUUGUUUUUAUGGUCUUUAAAAUAAUUAAUGCAACCUUGACCUAGCCUGCUGCGAUUUCAGCCUCCUCUCGUCGCUAUCUGCCGAGCAGUUUUCAGGC